AUGAAAAAAAGUGGUCUGUUUUUAUUCAAACAUAUUUGCUCUGAAUCUAUCUAUCUAUCUAUCUAUCUAUCUAUCUAUCUAUCUAUCUACAUUGAACUCUCCGGAUAUCAUCCUCAUUGGAUCUACCCAGACGGAUUACCUAGUCAACCAAUACACAGAAUCGAACUAGACAUAAGUAUAAUCAAUAUCUAUCUAUCUAUCUAUCUAUCUAUCUAUCUAUCUAUCUAUCGCAGUCUGAUGAUUAUCUAUCUAUCUAUCUAUCUAUCUAUCUAUCUAUCGCAGUCUGUUGAUUAUCUAUCUAUCUAUCUAUCUAUCUAUCUAUCUAUCUAUCUAUUUCCGUUCUUUUAUCUAUCUAUCUAUCUAUCUAUCUAUCUAUCUAUCUAUCUAUCUAUCUCCGUUCUUUUAAUUAUCUAUCUAUCUAUCUAUCUAUCUAUCUAUCUAUCUAUCUAUCUAUCUAUCUAUCUAUCUAUUUCAGUCUGUUCAUAUCUAUCUAUCUAUUUCAGUCUGUUCAUAUCUAUCUAUCUAUCUAUCUAUCUAUCUAUCUAUCUAUCUAUCUAUCUAUCUAUCUAUCUAUUUCCAUUCUUAUUUGUCUGUCUGUGUGCGUGUCUGUUUCUAUCAAUAUUCAUAUCUCUUUCUAUUUAUCUAUCUCAUUCUAUUCAUAAUCAUCUGCUGAGGAAAAGCAUAUCUUCCAUUUACUAG